AUGGAUAUAGACACUGCAAUGGAUAUAGACACUAAGCCAGAACAUGCAAUCCCUGUAAUACCUUACGUAGCCCCUGAAGUUUUGCAUACUAAAAAACAUACAUGUGAAGCAGAUAUAUACUCACUCGGUGUUGUUUUAUAUGAAAUAACAACGGGUUUAAAUCCAUACCAUAACACUCUGCACGAUAUUCUAGAACUUUCGAAUUCAACGCCAAAAUUGAUUUCACAAAUUAUUAGUCGUUGUUGGGAUGCUGAGCCUUCUCGACGACCAAGUAUAGAAGAAUUAUAUGAUCAAUUAAUUCAAUUGCAUUUCGCUAUCGAAGGAAAUGAAAAACCGACCGUCGUUUUUACUAUUCCUACGGUGCAAAACAUAAACCUAAAUAACGGCAGGAGGGCUCCAAAAACUUGUUUCAUUUUAUUCCGUAAUGCCAUGCUGGAUUGUGUCACGGCCCUUAACCUCCGAAUCGAAAGACAGGAUUUGUCUAAGCAUGCGACCAACUUGUGGCAUCAAUUAAAGACUCAAGAUAUACAAUUAGUAGAUGAGUUUAAACGGGUGGCUCAUAUUGUCGCUCAGCAGUGUUAUUCUGAAAUAAAAACUAUAAAUGUUAAUAUUCCUGUUGCCGAAAUAAAAACUAUAAACGCUAAUAUUCCUGUUGCCGUUCACGCUCAUCCGCCGAUCCCGCCGUCGAUCGAUGACAACGAUAACGAAGGCCUUCAAGAGCUCUUGGAAGAUGUUUUCGCAGAAGUUCUUCCUCCUCCUUUUUUACAUGAUUAA